UUCAGUCACUCUACAGCAAACACUCUUCUGGCCGCCCCACCCUGUCCCAAGCAAACACCUGCCCCAUAGAGCCCCUUGGGAGAGAGUGGCUUCUCAUGAGGGAACAGGAAUUGGCUGUGUUUCUGACCAUAUUCCGGCUGCAGUAUUUAAAUUCAAGGUGUCACUCAGGUUCAGAGUAGUGGUUUUAAGGAACAUUUCACGUUUCCCAACAGAACUGAAUCUCUUCCUUUCUCACACCUUCUCUGGGGACAUCUAGAGAAAGGAAAAGUGUGCUGUCAUCACCCUCAGACAAUUCCUGUCCCUUGAUACCAUAUGAAUCUGCUUCUUCUUUGAAUAGACAUCAAUGGGGAGACCUAGAGGCCUGGGGUUGCUGUUUUGGCCCUUGGGGGUUUGGCUGAGGAGUCCGUAGUGAGGAAGAAACUCCCCACUCAGUGCCUGCCUGUCCCUCUAGGCUUCCCACAGCCGGCUUCCUCCUCUCAAUUCCUUUCUUUUCCUUUACCAUAAAUUGUGGAUUUGAAUGGGCUGGCAUUGUUUUUCUUUUCACCAGGUAUGAGAACAGAUUGAGACCAGAGAAGCCACUGCCUUUCCCUCCAGAGCUGAGGAACAGGAUCUUGCAAUCCUGUGAUCUAAAUCACCUUGUGGAGGAUACAAUGAAGAAAUGGAAAGAUGCUCCGUUAUUCAGAAAACAGAUUCAGAAAGCAAAUGUGACUCUUGACCCAGACACAGCCCAUCCCCAACUCAUCCUGUCCAAGGAUCGGAAAAGCCUGAGAAGGGGAGACAAAGAGCAAGUCCUGCCCAACAAUCCUGAGAGAUUCAACAGCUGGCCUUGUGUGUUGGGACUUGAGGGGUUCACAGCAGGCAGACAUUUCUGGGAAGUCAAUGUGAGAAGUGCAGAAAGAUGGGCUUUGGGGGUCGCCAGGAAGUCUGUGAGGAGAAAGGACUUCUUCUACUUCAGUCCUGAGGAAGGAAUCUGGGCUGUGCGGAAGUCUGGAGGCUUGUACUGGCCCUGCACCUCCCCGGAUUCCUCUCCUCUGUCCCUGAGUGAGAAGCCCAAGAGGAUCCGGGUGACUCUGGACUAUGAAGAGGGGCAUGUGUCUUUUUCUGACGCGGACUCAGGAGCCGAACUCUACAUGUUCUCAGGAGCCUCAUUCUCUGGAGAGACCCUCCUCCAUUUCUUUUGUCUGUGGGGGAAUAAAACCCACCUCAGUAUCUCCUGAGGACGCUAAAUCUGCCUCUCAGGCCCAGCAGGAGUUUCUCUCCAGACCAGAGUGACUGAUAUAAAAAACAUUUACCCACCAAGACCACGUUGGGCAGUUUUUCAAGGGCCCUUUGAGAGGAUUCAUUCCACUCAAAAUCGGCAGAAUUAACAAAACAAAAAUGAGUUGCUCUUCCUUUGCAUUUUCCUUCCUUUUCCCAGAAUUCCCUCUGCAGCUUAAAUA